AUGGUCCGCUCUGUGUUGUCCAGGGCCACAGCCUUGGCCACAGCCGCCCUCCUUGCCGGCUGCUCGACCGCAUUCCCCGGACCCAAGCCGCCCUCUGCGCUGCCUCGCCCACAGACCCUGAGCAGCGUCCAGGUGUUUGAUCCGCCGGCCGACUACCGGGACCCGCAGGUGCUCUACGCCCGCACGGCGCAGCUGCCCAACAACGACCUGCUGCUCACGUGGGAGAACUACAGCCCGGAGCCGCCGCCCGUCUACUUCCCCGUCUACCGCUCCGCCGACGCCGGCAAGACCUGGGCAGAGCUCUCGCGCGUCACCGACCAGGGCCUCGGCUACGGCCUGCGCUACCAACCAGCCCUCUACGUCCUGCCCGAGCGCAUCGGCGCCUUCCCCAAGGGCACCCUCCUCCUCGCCGGCUCCUCGAUCCCCUCGGACCUCUCCAGCACCCACCUCGACCUCUACGCGUCGGCCGACUCGGGCAAGACCUGGCAGUUUGUCAGCCACGUCGCCGCCGGCGGCGAGGCCAUCCCCAACAACGGCCUCACCCCGGUCUGGGAGCCCUUCCUCCUCGCCCACAAGGGCAAGCUCAUCUACUACUACUCGGACCAGCGCGACAACGCCACCCACGGCCAGAAGCUCGUCCACCAGACCUCGGCCGACCUCGAGACCUGGGGCCCCGUCGUCGACGACGUCGCGUACCCGACCUACACCGACAGGCCGGGCAUGCCCACCGUCGCCCGCCUCCCCGACGGCAACUACAUCUACGUCUACGAGUACGGCGGCGGGCCCAACCCGGCAAAGACGGACGGCUACUCGUUCCCCGUCUUCUACCGCCUGUCCCGCGACCCAGAGGCCUUUGCGAGCGCCCCGCACCACCCGAUCCGCAUCCCCAGCAAGGCCGCCGGCGGCGUCCCCUUUGUACCCGACGGCUCGCCUUACGUCGUCUGGACCCCUGCGGGCGGGCCCUUUGGCACCAUAGUCGUCUCCUCGGGCUGCUGCUCCCAGGUCUUUGUCAACAAGAAGCUCGGCGCCGAGGACGCCUGGGAGAUUGUCGAGACGCCCGAGGCCGCGAGCUAUACCCGCUCGCUGCUCGUCAUGCAGCAGGACCCGCGGUACGUGCUCAUCAGCGGCGGAGGGAAGCUGCCGCCUAGCAGCACGAAUGUCGUGUCUGUCAGUGUCAUCAAGAUCUGA